AUGAAAUCCAUUGAAUCGAUAUCUCAAGAUGGCAGUGGUCUUUCGUCGGAUGUAACAGAUAUUCAAGAACUUCUCUAUAGCAAUCAGUUGAAUACUAGUAAGCACUCUGUAUUACGCACUGACAAAGUAUGGACAUUCGGUUAUGAGCACGUACCAGUUCGCCGAUGGAUGCUUAGUCGUAAUCAAGUUAAUCGAACGUAUAAUCUGUCCGUCGUAGCUCUGAUCAAUCACACAGACGAACAUAUUUAUCAAGCUCCAUCACUGACCAAUAAUUUUCUCGAUUAUUGGACGCCAAGAAAUCGACCAUAUGCUCAGCCGAAUCGACAUCUACCUGGCAACCAAUACAAGUUAACAUGGCAAGAUCAUGUUUUUACAGGAUUUCUUCGGUAUAUGUUCGUAGUCUAUUUUCAUCGUUUUUCGCCACGCAUUCAUCAAAUGACACAUCUAUUGGCUGAACAUUGGUCAAAUUACUUAUGGGAUAAAGAUCAACGCACUUUAAAUGACACAGCAGCGAUAUUUAUUCGUCGUGGCGAUAAAAUGUCCGAAGAUUCAUUCUGGAAGAAACAUAAUAUGUGGCGCAACAUAUCAAUGUAUGUCAAAGGAUUACUUGAUGAAGAACAGAGACAAAAUCGAACAUUCUCAUCGGUAUUCAUUAUGACCGAUGACGUGUCUGUGAUGAAUUCUAUUCAAGAUUAUGCUGAUCCGAACUCGAAAGGAACCGAUGAACCAUAUGCAAGAAAGCAUUUGCGUAAUCGACAGAUAAUGUAUAAUGUAUUUGCACCACAAGCAUGUUUUGAUCCAUUUAUUCGCAUCGGAUUCGAGCAGUUUUUAGUAUCUGUGGAGUUCAUUGUUCAGCAUGUUCAAUUUACUGUUGGCCAUAGCGAUUCAAAUGUUGGUCGCUACUUCGAAGAGAUUACCUAUGCGCGAAAUCAAUUGAAAGCUUCAGUUCAAUCAGAUUCCUUUGUGAAAAAUGCUCCGGAUUAUUUAUAA